CAUACCGGUUGUGGCUAAAUGUGCAGUGUUUUCGUGAUUAUCUGUGAUUGUGUGUCUGAAAUUAUGUGGUGUGAAUCGUGGUAGAUUAUAUUCUGCUUAGUGUACGUGACUAGGACUGCAAUGGAUAAAAAGCGUUCAAGCGCGGGGUUACUGGCGCCGCAGCUUGCAUGCCAGUCAUCGUCACCAGCAGCGGCUGCGCCGGCGCCACCACUCCCCGCGCCCACGUCACCGCCCCGCGUCGUCUCCGCCCCGCCCGCGCCCACCCAACCACCACCAGACCCCGCUCCCCAAGACCAGGAAGAUGGCGUCAGAUUACGGCGAACACAUACAGUCGCUGUACGAGACUACCUCAAGAGGGAAACGCAGACAUUUUUCGGCGUUCAGAGGGAUAAUGAGAGGGAACAAAGACGGCUGUGGUAUGAGAGGCGGAGGAGGCACGCGGCGCGGGCGCUCGGUGACCUCCGGCCCGACCUGCCAGCAGAUCAUCAUCCUGAUGAUGAUGAUAUUAGUAUGUACGGAGCGUCGGGCGCAGCACCAAGAGAGGCGCGGGGGCGGGCGCGAGAGCGGCCCGACGUGUUGCCUGCGCCGGCGCCGCUCGAGGAGCCCGCACCGCCCUCGCUUCCCCGUCCGGGGAAAGACAGUGUGGCGCGGCUCACGCUUACCGGGCUUUCUUAUGUUGUUACUGCGGUGACGCGGCGCUCGCGUCAAUCGACGUCGGCACAAUGGUCGCGAUCGUUCCGCGGCACGGCGCCCUUGCAUGAUGAAGUUGACGUCGAUGACGUGUUCUUCGCACCACCGGCAUCCACCACGCCUCUGCAGCAUCAUGAUGAUGCUGAUACUGUUGACGGAUCUAAGGGGGCAAGAUCCCCAAUCGGUUCGACAAGCGUGGAGUAUCGAAGGCCAGAGCGGAGUGUGUCUUGGGGCGCUGGGGGAGCGCGUAUCCACACACCGAUGCUGGAACCUCUGGCAGACAACUCAAAUAGGCGACAAUUCGGCAUGGGCGUUGUUGGUAGAUUCUUUAGACGUUCGCUCAGAAAAUCAGUGGCACAUCAAGAAGAGGUGGCGCGUCAGCUGGACGAGCUGACGGACUACCGACCUUAUUUCACGUGGUGGGUGAGCACAGUGCAGACUCUGGUGCUGUUACUGUCACUCCUCUGCUACGGGUUCGGUCCUGUCGGCUUCGGCAGGCACACACAUUCCGGACAAGUCUUGGUGAAGAGCUUGAGUUUACAGCAGGUUGAAUGGGAAGAACCGGCUUCAUUUUGGCUGGGGCCUCGGGCAGCUGACUUAAUACAUUUAGGAGCAAAAUUCGCUCCGUGCAUGAGACGGGACGCAAGGAUAGCAAGAGCAAUAGCAGCUUCAGCUAGGAGAGAAAGAGACACAGCAUGCUGCAUACGAAAUGAUGAUUCAGGAUGUGUGCAGUCCUCAAAGGCUGAUUGUUCGAACACGAUCUCGACGUGGAAGAAAUGGUCAUCGGGAGAGUCGGGGCCUGGUGGUCGGAUAUCAGGGUCCGUUUGCGGAUUAGAUCCCAAGUUCUGCGAAGCACCGCGCUCAAUAGCACCUCAUGAAUGGCCGGACGACAUCACAAAAUGGCCGAUCUGUCGCAAAUCAGUUCUAGACGGAUCUGCGGCCGCUGGUCGGGCAGGUCAUGCGGCAGAACACAUGGCCUGUGAGGUCAUUGGUCAUCCCUGCUGUAUAGGAGUUCACGGGCAAUGCGUCAUCACCACCAGAGAACAUUGUGACUUCGUUAAGGGUUAUUUCCAUGAAGAAGCGUCAUUGUGUUCACAGGUGUCUUGUCUUGACGACGUUUGCGGCAUGCUGCCUUUCAUGCGGCGACGUCGACCGGACCAGCUGUACCGGGCGUGGACGUCUUUAUUCGUUCACGCUGGUCUACUGCACCUAGCAGCCACGCUGGCACUGCAGUGGCUCUUCAUGAGGGACCUGGAAAAGAUGGCCGGGCCAGUUAGGAUAGCUGUCAUAUAUUUAGGAAGUGGGGUCGCCGGAAAUAUGGCUUCAGCCAUAUUUGAACCUUAUAGAGCGGAGGUGGGGCCAGCUGGAUCGCAUUUUGGUUUACUGGCGUGUCUAAUAGUAGAAGUAAUAGGGGCGUGGCCUCUCCUGAGGCAUCCGAAACGAGCACUUUUAAAACUAGUCGGUAUAGCCAUAGCGUUGUUCCUCCUGGGUCUUUUACCCUGGAUCGAUAACUUCGCGCAUGUUUUCGGCUUCGUGUUCGGAUUUUUACUAGCGUAUGCGUUACUGCCAUUUAUAACGUUCGGUCCUUACGAAAGACGAAGAAAGAUCGCAUUAGUGUGGGUCUGUAUGGUGUCGGCGGGCGGGAUGUUAUGCGCGCUGGUCGCGUUGUUCUACGCGGCGCCGGCGUACGAGUGUGCAGCGUGUGCGUACUUCACGUGCUUACCGUUCGCGCCCGACAUGUGCGCGUCGCAAGACGUGCGCGUGCGCCAGCUGGACGGGGUAUGACGGCGCGCGGCCCGGGC